UAAUCUCUUCUUCUACAGUUCUUACCACGACUCCCCCCUCAAAGCCGAACCUUUUGCAGCAGCAAACAGAAAACCCCAAAGAAUCUCUCUCUCUGUCUCUGUUUCUGUCUCUGUCUAGCAGUUGAAGUUGAGUCAUUAACUAUGAUUCUUCGGUCGCUUCAAAUCGUGGUUUUGGUGCUGGGGAUUUUAUCCCCUGCGUCGCAAUCGUUACGGUUCGAGCUGCAAUCGGGACACACUAAGUGCAUCUCCGAAGACAUCAAGAGCAAUUCAAUGACGGUCGGGAAGUACCACGUUGUCAAUCCCAACGAGGGUCACCCUUUGCCCGAUUCUCACAAGCUCACCGUCAGGGUUACAUCGACGUAUGGGAAUAGUUUCCACUCGGCGGAGAAAGUGGAGACAGGGCAGUUUGGGUUUACGGCGGCGGAGGCGGGUGAUUACAUGGCUUGCUUUUGGACGCCGGAUCAUUCGCCUCAGAUUACGAUGACCGUUGAUUUUGAUUGGAGGACUGGAGUCCACGCUAAGGACUGGUCUAACGUUGCCAAGAAAGGCCAAGUCGAUGUCAUGGAACUGGAGCUGAAGAAGUUGUAUGAUACUGUUACUUCCAUUCAUGAGGAAAUGUUUUAUUUGCGGGAAAGAGAGGAAGAAAUGCAGGAGCUGAACCAAGCUACUACCUCCAAAAUGUUCUGGUUGUCCUUCCUCUCACUCUUUCUUUGUUUGUCAGUAGCAGGAAUGCAGUUUUGGCACUUGAAAACCUUCUUUGAGAAAAAGAAGCUCAUAUAAGUUUGUAAGACAACAAUUUUCAUUUCUCCUCUGUACUCUUGUAAAAUAUUUUGGCAAAAAUGUACUUUAAUAAAAAUAAUUUCUUAGAUUAAUUGGAAUUUUCAA